UUAUACAUCGUAUCUUAUAAUUAUAAUGUGCACAAUUGAUGAGCUUCUUACCUUUAAUCAAGAAAAUAAUAUAGACGCUGAUUUUGCAGUUGACCAAGAGGAUUGUGAAUGUCAAGAAAGUGAAUCAUCAAUUAGUGAAUCAGAUGAAAGUAUUAAUUCACGACUACAAAAAAAAGAGGGCCUUCAUCUGUGUGAAAAUAUAUUAAUAGAUCUGAUCGGACAUAUAAAAGAUGCAAUACAAAAUAUGGAAUAG